AUGAAGACUGAUCAUUAUUUGAACUUAUGCUUGGAACAAGCCGAGCAAUCCCCUCUUCAUUAUCGUCACGGUUGUGUCGUUGUGAAGGGAGGUAAGGUUAUUGGUAAAGGAUUCAAUGAUUACCGGCCUGGCUACGAUGGUGGCGCUUUGAAGACUGGCCAGCUGCCUACCAAGCCUACCACACUAGAGAAGUUGGGAGAAGACAAACCUAAGAAGAAGAACGGGUUCAAGCCCUUCGAGAACACCGUCGGGUUACAGGCCGGCGGCCACCGUCUUGCUAAUAACUGUCUUACUAUGCAUUCAGAAAUGAUGGCUAUAAACUCGGCUCUCCAGUCAUCAAACACCUCAGCCGCUACAAAUCUGUCGUAUCUUAAACCCUCGACCGCUCUAUCGUAUGGCUCAAAACGAAAACGGCAGUUCCGCUGGGAUAUCCUCAACGCAUUCGUCCAGAGUGUCUGCUAUGAGACUUCCCGGCCGCAUACCCAACAGGGCACCGCCCCAAUUGAAAUUGCCGGGUGGCGUUUUGAAUCCUACACAUACACAUACGACACAACAACAUCAUGCCUCACGCGUAGGUCAUCAUCAUCACCACCAUCACCACUCGAAGGGGAACCAUGGGAACGCGUACAAUUCGGCAGGGCAAUUGAAGCAGCAUCGUCUGCGCAAAUUCAACACUUAUCUAUAGAAGAGGAGGACGAACCGUCUAGCUGUGGCGACUCAUCAUUAAAGAGCAAGCAUAGAAAAGACCACAAUAUGUUUUCUGGAAGCCGAAGGUUCGACCACGGCGACAAGUUAACACUGCCUAAUAGCGACUUCCGGGACGCGAUACCGUCCUCACACGACGUGAAAGACCGCAUGAAGCAUCCAAAGCUGCGAGGCGCCGAUGUAUACGUUGCUCGUCUCGGUAGUGUAUCAAGCUCGCGUGGGCGCGGGGUCGGUAAUACCAAGAAGAGUGAACCAGAUGCUGAGCAAGAUGCAAACUCAACAGACUGCCGCUUAUCUUCUGCACCGACGCUAGUAAACGAGGAGUUUCGCACGGGCUCUCUAUAUGAUGAGCUGAUGUGCAAGGAACUGAAAACAUCAUUGCCAGCGCGAUCUGAGGAUGCGGCUUUAAAAAGCACCGUCGACUGUGGGAAUGCUUUGGAUUCUCGACCAUGUUAUCGAUGUGUCCUCUACAUGCACUCUGCGGGCAUUAGGCGAGUAUAUUGGACGAACAAUCAGGGCCAAUGGGAGAAUGCUAAAGUUCGAGAUCUGUUUGAUCAAGUGUCAGGAAAUAAUGUGUAUAAUGGGUCCGAUGCCAAUAGUGGUGGUCGUGGUGGAGUGUUUGUUACGAAGCAUGAAAUCCUCAUGUUGAGGAGGCUCUCUGACCAGAAAACCAACCAAAUAGCAGCAAAAAAGUAG